UGUGCAUUGUCCAAUUAUUAACCACUGCACUGAUAAGGACAGAGGGUGAAAACAGUAAAAGGGAAAGAAAAAGGAGCGAAAGAAAGAAAGAAACACACAAGAUAGAGAAGUAGAGUCAGCAAAGAAAAAGGAAGGACAUUGACUCAGCAGCGGCAGUCAGAAGGGGAAAAAGAGGAAGAGCUCUGACAGUGCACGAGUUGUUUUUUUCUCCUGUUGUGGUUAAAUGUACUUCAUGGAGGACACACAGGUGGCCAGGUCUAUACAGCUGAAUGAUGGCGCACGGAUGCCAGUUUUGGGUCUGGGAACUUGGAAGUCCUCCCAUCUUCCCCGCACCUCAGUCCAGGGUGCAGUGGAGGCUGCCAUUGCAGCCGGCUACCGCCACAUAGACACCGCCUAUAGCUACUGCAACGAGGUGGACAUUGGCAAGGCCCUACGCUCAAAGAUGCAGCAGGGCAUCAUCAGACGAGAGGAUAUGUUCAUUGUCAGUAAGCUGUGGUGUACCCAUCAUGCCCCAGAAGACAUCCCUGUGUGCCUAAACAAGUCCCUGAAAGACCUCCAGCUGGACUACCUGGAUCUUUACCUUGUGCAUUUCCCUGUCGGCCUAAAGAAAAUGGGUGAUGAGCUUUUUCCAAAGAAGGAUGGGAGGAUGCUGACCUCCGACAUAGACUAUGUAGAUGUAUGGAGGGGGAUGGAAGCCCUGAAAGCCUCAGGGAAGGUGAAGAGCAUUGGUGUGUCCAACUUCAACAUGCUGCAGCUGGAGAGACUUCUUGCUCUGUGCUCGGUCCCCCCUGCUGUUAAUCAGGUGGAGCUACAUCCCUACAUGGUACAGACCGAUCUAAUAGAGUACUGUAAAUCCAAAAACAUCACCCUGACUGCCUAUAGCCCCUUUGGCUCACCUGCAAGACCGCCAGAGAUGUUCAGAGGAGACACUGAUCCACAUAAGCUCCUGGAGGACCCAGUCAUAACAGAAAUAGCUAGGAAGCACAGACAAAGCCCUGCACAGGUAUUGCUGAGGUACCAUGUGCAGCAGGGUAUUGUAGUCAUCCCGAAGAGUGACAAGCCUCAUCACAUCCUUGAAAACACAAAGAUAUUUAACUUCAGUUUGGCUGAAGAGGACAUGGCAGCACUGAGAGGACUGGACCGAGGGUGGAAGGCCUGCCUGCUCGACGACAUCAAGUCUCAUCCAUACUACCCCUUUGUAUGAUUGUCCAUUGAAGAGAGGAGCAACCUGGAUUUACUUUUAGCCUAACACAUCAACAAGAGUGGGGUCAUGCAGCUACGUACACUAGUAAUUUAAUUCAAUUCAUUGAUGACUUGUUUACUUAUUAAUGAUAAACUGUGAAAGUGAAGACGAUUCAUUUUCCAACUAUCAAUGUGGGCAACAAAUAUCACGGCAUUGAUAAGCUCUUUUCUAUAUGGCUGAAAUUUCUACUUUUUAUAAUGUUCUCUUAUUAUUGAAUAAAACAUUUAUGUUUAUACAAUCAAAGGCAUAAUUUUGUUUAAACACAAUUUCACAAGAAUAUACUUACAAAUGCACAGCAAUGUAAAUCAUUUUGAAACACUCAGCAUAUGUUUUAUUACAACAUACAAUACUGAUCACAUGAUAAUAUCAUUACAUACACUCUGUGCUAUAUGUGUGUUAGGGUAGUAUUGCUGGUGGACAAUCGAAAAGCAUUGAGAGUUUCUCUGUGAGAAUGUAUGCUUCGUUGUGUAACAUGGAGUACAGACAGAAUACUUAACAAAUAAGAUCACAUAUAAACAAUAAUAGACAAUUCUUCUUCUAUUAGUCCUGCACAGCAGUCUGACCCUGGAGCUCUGAUGAAUGAUGAUUAACUUUUUGGAAAUGUGAGCUGCUCACCUUACCCAAUAUUUAUCAAAAGAAACCGUUUCUGUAUGGUGCUAAUGCUCCGGCAUACAGUGUUAGUAGUUCUUGCAGAUGUUUUACCACUGAAACAUCCUAAAACGUGAUUUUUUUUUUCUCUCUCAAUCCCCUAAACAGGGCCUCUGCAUUUAUCUUGCACCAGUCUUCAAAAUAUCACAUGAGCACCUACAAAGCUCUACAACUGCAUAUCUGCAGCUAGUGUUAAGAUUGUGCACGACUACUGAUAUAUGAGACAUCACAGUCUGUGUUUGCAACCAUCAUGUAUGACUUUUUGAUAAUUGGCCCUUUGGCUUGAACAUAAAAAUAUUGUCUUGUUAAGGGAACACAAUCAGCUACUCAAGAGUCUAGGGAUGUAGCAGUUAACCGAUUUCAUGUCAUGAUUUUGUAAUGGUAAAGACUCAACAACUUUUUUCAGACCACAUGUAAAAUACAAUGAAUUGCUGAAAUACAUUAUUAAAAAUGAAUUUUAAAAAAUA